UAUCUUCGUGACUUUUUCCAGGUGUCUAAUCCUAUUCGCGUUUCCGUUGACAAUCUGAUCUUGACGCAGGAGAGGAAGUUUCUCUCAAGUUGUCGUUUAUUUGUUUUUUAUUUUUCAAUUCCGCGAUUUUCUUGCGGUCAUGGAUCCCAUGUUGCCAAGCCCGGGAUUUAGUAUCCCGAGUAUUGGCACGCCGCUGCAUCAGCCUGAGGAAGAUCAGCAGAUCUUACCCCAAGCACAAAGAGCGCAACACACAUCCCAUGGCGACAUCACUCCAUCGCAUCAUCCGUUUGCCGCUAGUGCUUUCGGCCUACCGCAUCAAAGUCCGUUCGCUUUACCGUCCAGUGCCAAGACACCCAUUCAUACCUCAGAACAUGACGACGGCCGGGAUGACAUGAAGAUGCGAUUAAUGGGUAACGACGAUGAUCAUCACGGUGACGAUGUCCGUCGUACUGGCAUGGGAAGUGGAUCUGGCAUGGGUGACGUGGAGAUGAAGCCUGCCAGUGCCAUGAGCAGCGUUCAUUUUCAAGCCCCGAGUACUCCAGCACCCAUGACUCCUCUUACCCCUGCUGGCGACCCUGGCAUUGUACCACAAUUACAGAACAUAGUCUCCACAGUUAACCUAGGUUGUCAAUUGGAUCUGAAACACAUAGCUCUUCACGCCCGAAAUGCUGAGUACAAUCCGAAGCGAUUUGCUGCGGUCAUCAUGCGAAUCCGAGAUCCGCGUACAACUGCGCUGAUCUUCAGUUCCGGAAAGAUGGUAUGCACCGGAGCAAAGAGCGAAGACGAUUCUCGUUUAGCUGCCCGGAAAUACGCUCGAAUAGUUCAGAAGUUGGGCUUUGAGGCCAAGUUCCUCGAUUUCAAAAUUCAAAACAUGGUGGGUUCAUGUGACGUCAAAUUCCCGAUCCGUCUGGAGGGUUUGGUUUUGACCCACUCUCAGUUUAGCAGUUACGAACCGGAAUUGUUUCCUGGUUUAAUCUACCGAAUGGUAAAACCACGUAUUGUGCUCCUCAUCUUCGUAUCCGGCAAAGUCGUCCUCACUGGUAAGUGUGAAAAAUUGAUUGUGUGGAUAAUGUCUUUCCGUGACUUCUACUGGCGUUUCAAUUGUGCGUUGUGGGUCGUUCUUCUGUUGAACUCAUCGUCGCACUCCAUUGAUUUGGGUGCGCUGGACGAUGGCGUUUUAUUUGCUCUGAAAUGGCCUGGACUGGAGCCAGAAAAUCUUAUAGAAACAAUAGAGCCGGGGGCGGAAAUAAUCGACAUUAAUACACGUGAGGGUGAAUCUUUCAAGUGCGUUAUUCCUCCCAUGGAAACUGAGACAGAAACUUCAAAAGACGAGUAUACCGGCCCUAACGCAUUGGAACUUCUAGAACCGUUGGUUCACGAAACUUCUUGCUCGUUCAGGUUGGAGUCGUAUUGGACUUACGAAGUGUGCCACGGAAAAUAUGUGCGCCAAUAUCAUCCCGACGGAAAGGCGGCUGAAGUACAGGAAUAUUAUCUCGGCAGAUGGGAUGCCGAUCGUUACAAAGCGGAAGUUGCUAAAUUGGGAGAAUCCUUGAAACGGGACGGCCCGAAAAUACCUUUGCCUACCAAGAAAAUCGAUGGUAUGAAUGUGCCUUACGUUGAAAUGAACAUGACGGAUGGGACCUUGUGUGACCUCCGGCCGGGGUCUGCGCGUUCUGUCAGAGUUCUGUAUAUCUGCUAUCGUCAGGGUCAGCAUCAGAUUUUCUCGUUGGAAGAAACCCGGACGUGCGAGUACGAAGUCGUGGUUCUGUCUCCAUUGCUUUGUGCUCAUCCCGAUUAUAGAGUUCGUGAUAGAGCGCAUAACGAUGUAUCGUGUUAUGCGGCCGACGCGGACAGUUCUGCGAAAAACAGGCGUCCCUUCGCGCUCCGAGAAAUGGAAGCCGAAAGCUUGAAGCUACGUCAUCAAACGACGGUUCUCGAGCUCUCAGCUGGUUCUGGAAAACGGUUCGCCUUUGAAAUGAAUCCAGUAACCGUAGAAGAGAUCAAGGAUGUUGUGGACCAACUUUCUGCGCAAAAGGAUACCCCUGGUAGGGAUGAAAUCGGGAAUAAGGAACCUGUGGGAGGGCACCGGGGAACAGUAAUGCCGGUUCCGAAACCCGACUUACCUCUGAUCUAUGAUGCUAAGCUAGUGGAAGGGUUUUUGGCGGGAACUUACUGCCUGCACGGGGGAACCGGCUGGUGGAAAUACGAGUUUUGCUACGGGAAAAAGGUCUUGCAGUAUCACGUGGAAAUCGACGGAUCAAAGAAAUCGGUGCUAUUGGGUGAAUUCAAUAAGGACGCCCACAUGGAGUGGUUGAUGAAGAACCCGCGUAAGCAACCAAUAGCGGGUAUCCCCAAAAAAUCCGUAUCUCAUUUUUAUACCGGCGGAGCAAUUUGCGACAUCACAGGGCAACCGCGUCACGUUGAAGUGAAGCUGAAGUGUCGUGAACCUGUGGGUGGUCCUGGAACGAAGGUCACGGAAAGCUCGAAUGCUGUUACUCUGUAUCUCUGGGAACCCGAUGUUUGUUCCUACGUCCUUGGAGUGGAAUCUGCCAUUCUUUGUCCACUUCUGGACACGGCUGACGAAUACGGCUUUUUAUCAGCCCCCCAUAAUAAUUUUGAAAUUAAAGGCAUUCCUGAUAACGAGGAACCCAAGGAAGAAAAAAGGGUUCUGGUUGGCGUCGGUGAAGCUAUUCCUGUUCCGUUGGAUGAGGCGUCACAUAUCAGUAAACUUACUCCUUCAUCAGACCCUAUCCCAACGACAGCACCCUCAAGCACUGAAUACAAGACCUUCGACGAAGAAGACGAUGAGCGUAGCGAGGAGGAAUCUUUUAUUGGAAUGCGAUAAACUGCUUUUCUUUUCUGGAAAGUUAUUUUUGUUUGCCGUCGGACUUUGACUUGCUACCAUAUAUCCUGAAGCGCGUGUUUUUUUUUUUUUUUUUUUUUCGCUCUCAGUUCUCGGUUUAAACUUGCUCACAAUUUUUUUCUUUGUUGACGUUGAACUUUUCAUUUUGAGUCGAAGAAUUGCUGUGAUACAUUUGGGCAACGUAUGGAAA